AAGACUCAACUCAAAGUCUCUGUGGCAACACUGAAGAUAUCAGUCAAGAGAUUGCAGUUUAGUGUUGCUUUGGACAUCAAAAUGGCUAACUGAUGGUUUUGGGGAUGUUGACACCAGCUCUUCAGUGACAAGCUAAUUUCGAUGAUGUUUAAUAAUGUUCCUGACGAGGUGAAACUGUGUCUUCAAGGAGCUGAGGAGGAAAGAAUCCACCCACCCUGUGAGCGGCUCAAUGCUGAGGCUGAAGAAGAUGCAGAUAUUGGAGCAACAGUAGAGGAUGAAGAUGAAGGUUCAACUGACCCACACCUUCAGCAGGAGCUCAAUGCAUUCAGAGCUCAGUGGGUGUCCGAACUCAAACCGAACUCCGCAGCGAGUGACCGACUGCUGCGAGCCAAAGGUCUGAGGAGGAGCCAGGAAAUUGCUCAGGAGGAGAAAGCCACAGAGCUGUUCUUGAGAGCUGUUCAGGAAGAGCAGAAUGGAGCUGUCUAUGAGGCUAUCAAGUUCUACCGCAUGGCUAUGCAGCUUGUGCCUGACAUCGAGUUUAAAAUCAACUACAGCCGUCCUCUGGAUGCAGAUUUAGUUGGAGGAAACUACAUGGAGGACAGUGAUGUUGAAGGUGACAUUGAAGAUCUGCUUUCCUACUUUGAGCAGCAAUUCACCUUGGAAAGCUCAUUUCCAAAGAUCUGCACUCCUGAGUUGGAAACGACUCAGAUGCACAUUUCAGACUUGCCACGGGAAAUCCUGAUGUAUAUAUUCCGUUGGGUUGUGUCAAGUGAUCUGGACAUGCGAGCCCUGGAGCAGCUCUCUUUGGUUUGCCGGGGGUUUUAUAUUUGUGCAAGAGACCCAGAGCUGUGGCGAUCAGCCUGUUUACGAGUGUGGGGACGGAACUGCACCAAACUUGUUCCCUUCAACUCCUGGAGGGAAAUGUUUCUGCAAAGGCCACACGUCCGUUUUGAUGGUGUCUAUAUCAGCAAGACAUCAUACAUUCGUCAAGGAGAGCAAUCACUGGACGGAUUUUACAGGGCCUGGCACCAUGUUGAGUUUUACAGGUACCUCCGGUUCUUCCCUGAUGGAAAAGUCAUGAUGCUGACCACCCCUGAGGACCCUCUGUCCGUCAUUCCUCGCUUGCGUACCAGGAACACCAGAAUAGAUUCUCUUCUGCUCGGUCAUUUCCGUCUGUCACAGGAGGCAGACAAUCAAACCAAAGUUUUUGCUGUUGUCUGCAAGAAAAAGGAGGAGAAAGGGUCCGAGUUUCAAAAGAAUCGGUUCUGCAGGCGGAACCCAGCCACCGAGUCUGAGCACAUCUUCCACGUGGGACUGCAUCUGUCCUCUGGGGGGCGCCAGAGUUUCAGUAAGCUGGUGUGGAUCCACCACUCCUGUCACGUCACCUACAAGGUGACCGGGGAAGCGGUUGUCACUGCGUUUGACCUGGACAGGAUGUACACCCCCUUCUCCUUUGCACGUGUGAAGAGUUACACUGCUUUCUCCGAGCAGCCUCUGUAAGCAGCAUGGAGACGUGCAUGUGACCCACAGAGAUCACAGCAAACAACAUUUAAUAAAAUGCAUACUUCUCAGCCGGUGUAAUUUGUGCUGCAGCUGGAUAAUAUAUUAAUUUAACCCUCACGUUUCCUUCGCGCGAGCAUGUUAUGUUUCAGGUUUACAUGAUAGAGAACUACUUAUUUUCUGAUUUCAGAAAUGAAAGCAAUGUGCUGAGAGCUAAAAUAAUUAGCCACCUUUCCCCCACCCGUUCUGAGCAAUGAAUGUUUCUACUGUUGUUGUCUCAUGGUGCACUUUCUCCCUCUAAUAAUCAGUGGUGAACAGAACAUGAUCUUGUCAUUUGUUUUAUUUUAAAUGACUGGUAUGGACAAACACAACACAAAAAUACACUGGGGACAUUUCAGAAUAAGUUAUUACAACAAAAAUGAAACAUGCCUGUAGUGAUAUGUAACCGCAUAUCUUCACUGGAUUUACUUCACUCAAGGACAAAUUUGCGUCCGGCGACCCUGAUGCUCUCCUGCAUGUGAAAAUAUGAUCCAUCUCUGUGAAAUUCUAGACGUCCUAUUACACAACCUUAGUGAAAGACAUUGCUGAUGUGAUGUCAGACUUCUGCAUCAUUUGUCUUCUUGCGGAGGACACACAGGGUCAUAAUCCAUGUAUUAGAUUUUCUGGGAACCAAGCACGGACAGAUCAAACAGGAUUUGCAGAGGGGAAAAAACAAAUGUGAAAGUUGUAUUGGAUUAGGCUAAAAGUGAUUUGUGGCUUGCUGGUUUGGUUUUUCAAGAAAGAAAAUCAUAGUCUGUAGCAAAUUACAAUAAGUAAAUCCUGGUGUAUAUGAACAGCUGUUGCUACUAUUGUUAUGAGUUAGAAAAGGAAAAAA